UACAGAUCGUGAUUGAGGUCGUCGUCGCAGACGCCGCAGUUCCUGCAUUCCAUGACGCUGCAUCAGAACUUGCCGCAUGAUGAUGUGCAUCCACUCUUGGACAAGUACAAUGCAUGGGUGUUGGAGAAUGAAUCGUUUGCUCGACGUUUGGAGAACGUUCUGUACGUGGUGCCGAUGCUUGUACCUGCAGCGGUGGGUAAUCCCGACGUUGUGUCGGAAGUUGGAUACUCCAUGGGAGGACUUUUGAAGCUCUAUCACGACUGGGUGCUCUACCAAGUCAAUCCAUUGUCCAAGGAGAAGACUCCAAGUCACUCGUCGUGGUCUGUUGUCCAAGCAGCACGAGUACCGUUGUCGAUCAUCUCUCAGGUUCAAGUUGCGGCCGAAAUGAUUGCCCUUAAGACAGGUGGCAAGCAGUCCCGAUGGAACGUCAUCGUCGUGUUGGAGUUGUGCAAGUGCGUCUGCAAGCUAGUUCUCCUCGCCCAUACCAAGGGGCAAGUCCUGUACAAAUGCGGGCCAUACAUUUCGUGCGAAGUCCGCCGGCAGGAUGGAGAAGAGUACACUGGCCAACGCAGCGGUCGUGUGUAUCGGUCAUCGCGUCCCAACCAGCAACCACCGACUCUGUCCUUCCUUGAUCCAACGUAUGCGUCGGGAAACGAAGGUGCUACUCAAACUGCCGCCGAAGUACUGCAUAUCCUUCGCCCAGUGGUGUAUGCGGUCCUUUGCCAACGACAGUCGGAUCGGUCGUGGGUGCCAUUCCUCGCGUCGUUCUCCACCGAAAUUGCAGGCAUCUUGCUGUCGACGUCCGUGGAGGCCAAACGCAAGCGCGUGAAAAACGACAAAGUCGACGAAGAGUACCAUCGACGAAAGGUUAUCCGUGUGGUGGUGGUGCAAGUUGGCGGAAGGCCUGACUCGGUGAAUGCACCGAUCCAUUGUAGAUGUGUCUGUUUCUGUACUUGCUGCGGAAUCCCGUGUUCUCUUCCGUCACGGAGCCGGUCGUGGAAGGCGUGUGCAACUCUUCGCAACCGAUUCCUCUUCUCGGCCGCCUCAUCCGCUUCGCCGUGGACAACGGUCUGCAUUACUACCAGCGCAGACACUUCUACACGUCGGCAUCGUAGUCUCGUAGCGUCGGCGAAGGCCCGAACGACGAAUUCAAUGACUACUACUCAUUGGCUUGUUCCACAGUGAAUGCGAAAUUUGGUCCUUUUAUACGGAUGUCCGGAUAAAUCCUGUCAGG